AAGGACUGAAGCUCAGCUAUCCGGGGCCCUAAAGUGGGGCAUCAAAGAGGCAGGGGGGUGCAAAGGGCCAUUUCACUCAACCACUGCCCUUUCUCCUUCCAUCCCCAGGAGGUCACCACCCUCCCUCAGAGACACUCGGCUGAAGGACAUUGUGAGAUUCUGAGAGAACCCGAGGAGUACAAACAGAGGGAGGUGCAGAGAGGACUGUAAUAAUGAUCAGAGGGACAUCGAGCCCUGUGUCCAGGAAGGACCCCAGCCUGCCUGCCUGCCAGCCAUCUUGAGACGCCAGACCACUGGGUCUCUCUACUCCGGCAUGUGCCUGAUCCUGUUCAUGUUUGUGGCGUGCAUACUGUUGUAUGAGCACCAGUACCUGGCUCAGGUGUCAGCCCCUGAGGUCCUGUUCCCCAGACAUCUGGCCCAGGAGGGCAUGUUCACCAUCAACUCCAGAGGUCGUCUGGGGAACCAGAUGGGGCAAUACGCCACGCUGUACGCACUGGCCAAGAUGAAUGGGCGUCCAGCCUUCAUCCUGCCCCAGACGCAUGAUUUCCUAGCCCCCCUCUUCAGAAUCAGCCUCCCUGUCCUGCACAACACCACAAUCAACCAGAUCCCAUGGAACAACUAUAAACUGAACGACUGGAUGGAGGAGCAGUACCGCCACAUCCCAGGGCAGUAUGUGCGUCUGACUGACUCCCCUGGUUCCUGGACCUUCUACCACCACCUGCGCCAGGAGAUCCUGCGUGAGUUCACUCUGCACGACCACUUGAGGGAGGAGGCCCAGCGGCUGCUGCGAGGCCUGAUGGUGAACGGGAGCCAGCCCAGCACCUUUGUGGGGGUGCAUGUGCGCAGGGGAGACUAUGUCUACCUCAUGCCCAAAGUCUGGAAGGGCGUGGUGGCUGACAGGGGCUACCUGCAGCAGGCCCUGGCCUGGUUCCGCACCCACCACAGCUCCCCUCUGUUCGUGGUGACCAGCAAUGACAUGGCCUGGUGCCGAGACAACAUUGAUGCCUCCCGUGGGGAUGUGGUGUUUGCUGGCAAUGGCCUGGAGGGCUCUCCCGGCAGGGACUUUGCGCUGCUCAUGCAGUGUAACCACACCAUCAUGACCAUAGGGACCUUUGGGUUCUGGGCAGGCUACCUCACAGGGGGACAGACCAUCUACCUGGCCAAUUACACCCUCCCAAAGUCUGCCUUACGCAAAUUUUUUAAGCCCAAGGCAGCUUUCCUGCCAGAGUGGAUUGGGAUACCGGCAGACUUGUCCCCACUCUUCAAGCACUGAUGGCAUGAUGAUCCCCAGGGCACCAGGACUCAUGGUCUUAUCACUCAGGACCAUUUCUUUUAUUUCAGGAUG